GCCCUCCCUCUGGCCUCCUGGUCGCCCAGCCGCCUAGGGUGGCUGAAGGCGCAGCGCCCUAACCUGUGGGGCUUGUGCGGCUGGGCGGGGUCCCAACAGCUCGGGCCCCUUGGUGGGCAGAGCCGAGCAGCCGGAGCCGUGCUGCCCAGCGCACACGUGCGCGCACUGAGCCGAUGCUGCGACCGCACCACGUCUGCGCCCCGUGCUCCCCGCCCGUCCGCGGGGUCCAGUCCCGAGGCCCACAGCCGGGAGCCGCCCACGAGACCCUUCCAGACGCCGAGAGCGCGAGCUGAGCCGGUGCCGCCAGUUAAAGCGUAGCUGAACAGUGGCCUGGUGGUAGCUGGUCGCUCCUACUCCGCGGCCGCCAACUGCCCCGGCACCGGGACGCAGCUGCCAGGAGGUACUCACACUAUAAACAGGAACAGGAAAGCUUUGUCCUGGACUUUCUGACAAUCACAGGUAGUGUGUGGCUGACUCUGGUGGCAGACUGCACUGCAUCCUGUCACUUCUGGGUGUAAGGGCAAGUGAAUUAUCCCGUUCCCCUCUGUGGCCAGGAAGACCGGAGCUGAAGCAUGUGGCGAAUCCUUCACGGCCGGAGCCAAGGGUGCGUGGGCCGUCAGGGAGUCCUGGCGUGGACAACCCUGGGGCAGCCAGGGCCUCUGGGCAGCCGAGCCCGGACUAGCGCGGGCCCGCAGACCGGGGCUGAGCACAGCUACGUUGUGGUGGGCGCGGGCUCGGCGGGCUGCGUGCUGGCCAGUCGGCUCUCAGAGGACCCCGCGGAGCGGGUGCUGCUGCUGGAGGCCGGGCCCAAGGACUUGCUGGCCGGGAGCAAGCGGCUCUUGUGGAAGAUCCACAUGCCUGCGGCGCUCGUGGACAACCUGUGUGAUGACAGCUACAACUGGUACUACCACACGGAGCCGCAGCCGGGCCUGGACGGGCGUGAGCUCUACUGGCCCCGGGGCCGCGUGUGGGGUGGCUCGUCAUCCCUCAAUGCCAUGGUCUACGUCCGCGGGCACGCCGAGGACUACGAGCGCUGGCAGCACCAAGGCGCCGAGGGCUGGGACUACGCGCACUGCCUGCCCUACUUCCUCCGGGCACAGGGCCACGAGCUGGGUGGCAACCGGUACCGCGGCGGCGAUGGCCCACUGCGUGUGUCCAGAGGCAAGAGUGGCCACCCGCUGCACCAGGCGUUCCUGCAGGCGGCGCAGCAGGCCGGCUACCCGCUCACGGAUGACAUGAACGGCUUCCAGCAGGAGGGCUUCGGCUGGAUGGAUAUGACCAUCCACGAAGGCAAGCGCUGGAGCACGGCCUGCGCCUACCUGCACCCAGCACUGAGCCGGCCCAACCUCAGGGCCGAAGUCCAGACGCUUGUGAGCAGGGUGCUGUUUGAAGGCACCCGUGCGGUGGGUGUGGAAUACAUCAAGAAUGGCCAGAGCCACCGGGCUUAUGCCAGCAAGGAAGUGAUCCUGAGUGGGGGUGCCAUUAACUCCCCACAGCUGCUUAUGCUCUCGGGCAUUGGGAAUGCAGAUGACCUCAUGAGACUGGGCAUCUCUGUGGUGUGCCACCUGCCUGGAGUUGGCCAAAACCUGCAAGACCACCUGGAGAUAUAUAUCCAACAGGCCUGCACCCGCCCCAUCACCCUCCACUCAGCCCAGAAGCCCUUGAGGAAGCUCUGCAUCGGCCUGGAGUGGCUGUGGAGAUUCACAGGGUAUGGAGCCACGUCCCAUCUGGAAACAGGUGGGUUCAUCCGCAGCAGACCUGGGGUCUCCCACCCAGAUAUCCAGUUCCAUUUCCUGCCAUCCCAAGUGAUUGACCACGGCCGGGUCCCCACUGAGCAGGAGGCUUACCAGGUACAUGUGGGGCCCAUGCGGAGCCCAAGUGUGGGCUGGCUCAAGCUGAGAAGUGCUAACCCCCGGGACCACCCCAUAAUACAGCCCAACUACUUGUCGACAGAAACAGAUAUCGAAGACUUCCGUCAAUGUGUGAAGCUGUCCAGGGAAAUUUUUGCACAGGAAGCCCUGGCUCCCUUUCGGGGGAAAGAACUCCAGCCAGGAAGCCACGUUCAGUCCGAUAGAGAAAUAGAUGCCUUUGUUCGGGCAAAAUCUGACAGUGCCUACCACCCCUCAUGCACCUGUAAGAUGGGCCAGGCCUCCGACCCCACUGCUGUGGUGGACCCGCAGACCAGGGUCCUUGGGGUAGAAAACCUCAGGGUCGUCGAUGCCUCCAUCAUGCCCAGCAUCGUCAGUGGCAACCUGAAUGCCCCCACGGUCAUGAUCGCAGAAAAAGCAGCUGACAUCAUUAAGGGGCAGCCUGCACUCUGGGACAGGGACGUUCCUGUCUACAAGCCCAAGACCUUGGACACCCAGCGUUAAGAUAGCCACUGCCUGAGGAGGACCAGAGAUGCCUCCAGCAAGCCAAGGGGACCAACGAGCCAGCCCUUGCUCCAAAUGGUGCCAGAAGCCAUCUGGCCCUAUUUAGUGGCUGAGAACUGGAUAACAUCUCAGGAAGGGAGACUAGUUCUGGUCAGUAUGUCAAAUUCCUGGCCUCCAGCAUUUUUCCUAUAGUCCCUUUGAGGAAGGCCACUGUGCACCCUGGAACCCUGCCUGGAGGGACAGCAGAGGCGAUAAAGGAGGAAAGUGAACUGCCACAUCCUCAGCCUGAAUCCACGUGGCUUCUCCCACCUGGGCUUCUGCUGCCUUGAGCAGAGUGGCUCCUUCCAGGCUUCCCAUGCAAGGCCGGCCGCUCUGCCCAGAUGUGGUGAGCCUGCCAGGCCUGCACUGAGCCCCCCAGAGAAGGGCACCUAUGUCUUGAGCUUUAGCUGAGGUCACACGUCACAGGAGUUAGCUCAGCCCAGGCUGGCACCAGGGACCCCUGGGCAGAGGGGAAGUUACCAGCUGGAUAACAAAACCGACUUCCCUCUUUCCCCUCCUGAUUUUACUAUCAGAGGUGGGGGUGGCCCACCUCCGUGGUGUUCUCAUUCUCAUAACACAGCCCUGAUGAGAGGCUUUCUGGGCCUUGUUCAAGGAGGGAAGGCUGCUUUGGUCUCAUUACCAAAGGUUUCCUGAUUUAACACUGAAAGAGAUUGCUCUUACCAGGAAAGAGUCCUACAGCCACCCCCACAUACCAGGUCACCUCUUUGUACUGGAGCACUGGGAAGCAGCCAGAGCUGUCCCGACAGACACUGAGCAAAUUCUUAUUCUCCAGACGUCCAUGGGAACAGAUCAGAAUGGUUCUGAGAGUGAUAGAAAAGCAGCUAAGUACAAGAAAAAGAAAACAGUGAAGAUUUCCAAGGGAGGCAGGGAGAGCUACGAGGAGCAUUUGCAACAGCUUUUUGCUCUUGUAUUAUAAUCUAGUAACUUAUUUUUGAACUGAAGCACCUUAUCCCCAUACAGUUGCAAAUGAAAAGUAAAAGCAUUUUGAAUUGAUUUUUCUUAAAAUGUGCAAAGCUUCCAUGUUUAGAAUCGUGAUGUGGAAACCUGCAGUGCUGGGCCCAGAACAGGGAGGGGGAUACCCGGGUUCCAGGCAGCUCCCAGACCUUGGAGGCCCAAUAGCUGCAACUUAACGUUUCUGAGAAAAACCUUCCAGAAAGGUGGAUGGAAGGAAACCAUCACACUUCUUCCUUUUAAAACUUGAGGCAGUUCUUGUUUAACCUUACCUGUGUCUUUUUCUCUGUUCCAAGAGAAAGUCAAGAAAGAAAAUUCUAGAUCUGCUAAGAGAUUUCUCUUCAAGAGUUAGAGAGGGUCCCCACAGCAGCUGUCCAUCUUCUGGGGGCUCAGAUGGCAGCUGGGCCACAUGCCACCCGCCUGUCGAAGAGGGUGUUGAUUCAGGCAAGGGCACGUGCUGGUCUCAGGCCUGACUGACUUUACUGGUGUAGAGAGAGCAGUUGACAGUCAUUUAGUUCCAGCAUCUCUGCAUCCUGUGGUGUCUCUGAGACAAAGGCAGCUGUAUCUUAUGAUAAGGAAAGUGACAUGUGAUAAGAGCCAGUCAGCCCCUCUCCCCCUUUCACACGCUGAGGCUGUUUCCACACAAUCGCACGAUUUAGCCACAUGAGGAAACACAUUUCAAGAGAUAAGACAGCUGUCGUGUGUCCAGAACACACAGAAGUCAACCCAGAAAACUGCUGCUGGGAUUCAGACACACAUUGACUUGAAGGGUUCCUCCCAUGAGCCCUGACAGGCAGGUGUGGCUGCUCCCAUCUCCAGCCCAAGGACGAAUACAAGGUGGGUCCUGCCACAGCACUGGCUUGUGUCCAAACGACAGGCUAUCUGGAAGUUCCACAGGGAAGCUUUCGCCCCAGGAAGAGGGGCUGAGGGAGCCCGAGUGGGGAGGAUGGUGCUCACUCGGUUACAGAGGGGUGAGCACAGGCCCUGCUCGUCUGUCUUGUGGGGAACCAGGCAACUUCGUUGGCUGAGCCUCUUGGCAAAAAGCUUGUGAUUCCUAACAGCAGAAGACUGUGCUUCGCCAGAGAGAGCGCUGACAGGGCACCCAUGGCCGGCGCUCUGAGGUGCCCCACCUCGUGGAAGAUGGCCACAUUUACACCACAGGAGGGAUUACUGAUGGGAGGGACGGGUGUGGAAGGGCCAGGGGCAUCCACCAGCAUGACCAGAAAGGGCGAGGUGCCCCAACGUCUGGCCUUUCCACUUCCACUGCAGCUGUGGAAUAGCAAUUUCCAUAAAUUCAAAUGCUCUUCCCUUCAGCCAAACCAUAACCCUCAGCCCAAAAGUUGUUUUCAUAUUUCCACUGAUAACUGACAUGACAUCAGAUCUGAGACACAUUUUUCCCCCCUCGAAAAUCAUAAAAAACAUACACUGCUCUUCCAUAGGGCCUGCUCAGGUGGCUCCUGCCCCCAGGAUGUCCUCAGACCACAUGCCUCACCCCAUCCGAUGGCAGAAGCCAAGACCCAAGCCUGCUCCUGGUUCCCCACUGCCCUCCCAGUCCCAGGAGGGAAGAAAGAACCUUCCCAGCUGCAGUACGAGCCCGGCCUUGAGUUGCAGUAGGUGGUGCGUGGCGCCCUGUGCAUGCUAUCUGCUCUGUGGCUAGCCUGUUCUUACACGUAAAUGGUCCACCCUAGAAAUAAAGGCCUGUAGGAAAAUGCAAUUGGCAAAGACAUUUUAGCUCUGGCUUCUUUGAAGGGUGGGGUCCCCUAGUAAAGUGGGUGAGCAUCUAACUGCCAUCGCCCUAGGCAGGCAGAGCCACAGCUUGCAGUGGGCUUCCAGUGCCCCGGCGCCCACCCCUCCUGGCCUUUAGCCAGCUCUGCAACACACCAGAGCUGACACCUGCCACUUGGCUCCACGGGAAGCCAGCUGUUUGGGAAUUGGAGUCCACACGAUGAACAGAGAUGGUUCUCACUGUUGAUUGACAGUUGAAUCAAAAUAGCCAUUUCCACUUUACAUUAAAAACACAAGGUUAAAUAAACAUACUAUUCUGUGGAUACAAAACCAUUUGGGGAGGGUCCAGAAAGUGGAGAUAUUAAAUUUUAAAACUCUCCUAAAACAAAGGGAAAAAGCCAUGCUCUACAAUUUCAGAUUUUUAUUACAAAGAGAAAUUUAAUAUUAGAUGAGAGGUUGGACCAGGCUUAAAGCAGACAGAUACCAGGAAGCGGUGCAGCCUUUAUCAACGCCAGCAUUUAAGUACUGACUUUGGAAACACUCAUCACCUGUUCCAGAACGUGCAGUCCUGGGAGGUGAUUUUGACCUGAUGAUGUGAAGUCACACAUAUGACCAAAACCCAGUGGAGACAGUCCGAGAUAAUGUUGACAGUGGUGUAGCCCUUUAGGAGAAGUGGCACUCUCUGUGGCUGGUAUUACCAUGGGCAUCGAAGGAGCUGAGGACGAGGAAAAGCUACCUGUAUACAGAGCUGCCCUGAGAGUGCCUGCCCCCGAAGCUCCCACUGGCCAGGAGAGCUCCCGAAUACAAUGAAAUUAUUACGCAGUUUCAUUCUGAAGAACAGUUUGCAUUUUAAUAAAAAAGGCUUUCUGUCAGGAAAUAGUCAUUUACAAACCUUGAAGUGUUUUUGCCCGGAUCUGGAGUAAGAAUGUAUUACGAAGAGGUUUGUGAGGUCUUUAUAACAAAGUGUUAUUUACAAAAAAAAAAAAAAAAAAAAUUCUGACAGUUUGUCUAUGUACUAGUUAAAAAAUUUGAACCAAAAUUGCUACCUGUCUUUGUGAGUGCAGGGAAUCCCUGCCAAGGUCACCUGACGACAUUGGAGUGAUUCUGUUAACAGAAAAGGAAGCCUUGACAAUUCUAAUGAUCCGAAAGUGGCUUUUCCCAGGACGUACAGUCGGAGUACAUUCUCAUGAAAACGUCAGCCCUCAUUCAAUUGCAUAUAAAAGCCCUCAAAGAGAACACAGCACAGCAACAUUGUGUGAAAGGCCACAGUGUCAUCUCACAGACCCCGACAUUCUAACCCUGAGGGUCGUCACAGUGCUCCUCCGACCCCCACCCCAGCACCACCAGUCCCCGGGGCACUGGAGCAGACAUACUUCUUUCACCUGUGCAAUUAUUUCUGCAGCAGGGAUGGCAGAAAUGGCAGCUGAGGGAACCAAACCUAUGGCUGUCCCCAGGGCAGAGGAGCCUAGCUUGACCCGCUCUGUCAUGGACUUAUCACAGGGUUAGGAAAGUAGACCAAACAGAGUUGCAACCCCUGGUGGAUAAAGGUACCAUAUCAAAAUCAUAGAAUUCUUGCCCAAAGAAAAAACUGCAAGUAGUCAUCCUGUAUAUCUUAUGUAAAGACAGGUUUAUAGUGACUCAAAAUAUUUUAGAAAAAUUUCUAGUGUUAAGUUCUUUUGAACUCAGAAUUUUACCCCCAAAGGAUUUUCACUGAAUAAGUGAGGAUUGGCUCUAUUUCUUCUACUUCUGUAUAGCCCAUGUAAAAAUACUAGUAAUUUCUAGAUUUUAGUGGGGAACUGUAAUUGUUAAGACCCAUGGAUAUUGCUGCAGUUCAAAUACGGUACAAUAAUUACAAAAUAUAGACCAUCUCUUUACAAAUACAAAUUGUAGUAUAUUACAAGUCAUGUACAGUAAAUCUAUAUUUUUUAAACAAACUAGUGUAUCUA